AAAAAACGUAAACAAAACAAACACGUUUGUUUGAAAAUAUGCUUCAAGCAAGGAAAAUCAGUUUAAAUCUCAUAAGAUCUUAUAAACAAGCUACAUUAAAAGAAUUGGCUGUUAAAAUCAAUUCCAACAACAUCAGCCAGAAAUAUCAAAGUGCUUUAGAGAAAUUCACUGGAAGAAUUUUAUUCAAUUCGGUUUUGGAAGUGCAAAGUAUAAGACUUGAAAAAUAUGAACAAUUAUUGGGCAAAAAAAGAAGAAAAGAAAGAGAACUUCUUGAACGUUCUGUCAAACCAUUACCUGUUGUGUUAAAUCAACUAUGCGAGGGUUCUGUAGAGAAAUUAGAACAGAAUGAAGAGGAUCCUAAAGAAGAUGUUCAGGAUCUUCCGCAUGCAAGAUAUUUAAAAGUAGAAAAUCUCACAGAAAAAGAGGAAGACACAGAUGAAGUAGCAGAGAAAACAACAGUCCCUAAAAAUUGGCUUCAAGAUUAUGAAUAUUACGAUGAAAGUGAAGAAGAAUUGACGUCAUUUUAUGGAACACCAGACUUAAAUAUUCCUGUUUCAAAUGUCCCAUGUAAAGGAUGUGGUGCAUUAUUACAUUGCAAAGACGGUAGCAUUCCAGGAUAUGUACCGAGUGAACUUUUCAUCCCACUUAAUGCAGCACAACUGACACAAAUUCAUUGUCAACGAUGCCAUUUUCUAAUAAACUACAAUACCGCCAUAAAUGUCUCAGUAAAAGAAGAAGAUUAUAUCAACAUAAUAUCAUCAAUCAAGGAUAAAUUUGCUUUAGCCAUCAUAAUGGUUGAUCUACUAGAUUUUCCUUGCUCAAUUUUCGAAGGUUUGAGCGAAAUUCUUGGCGCAGAUCGUCCAAUAUUCAUAGUUGGAAACAAAAUUGAUUUGAUGCCAAGAGAUCAUCCGAACUAUCUGAAUCACAUCAUGGACUGCUUGAAAAAAGAAGCUGUGAAAAUGGGAUUCAGUGAGAAGUCGAUUAAGAACGUGUCGUUAAUAUCAGCAAAGACUGGUUACGGUGUUGAAGAACUCAUAACACAACUUCAUAACAAAUGGGCUUAUAAUGGCGACGUUUACCUCAUCGGCUGUACAAAUGUUGGCAAAUCUUCCUUAUUCAAUGCACUUCUCCGUUCUGAUUAUUGCAAAGUAGACGCCAGUAAUAUUGUGCAGAAAGCAACAACUUGUCCUUGGCCUGGAACGACAUUAAGAAUGCUGAAAUUUCCGAUUCUUAAGCCAUCAGGUUUUCGACUUUUUCUUCGUACAAAUCGCUUAAAAAUGGAAAAGAAGAAACGUUUCCGAGAUGAACAAUUACGUCGUGAACAAGCAAUGAAAACUAAAGAUGUUAAGUAUGCGACUUUGAUUGGACAUAUUGGAAGAAGUUAUUCAAAUACAAGAGAUAAAGAUCCUGAACCAUUUGGUGGCUUUAGUCAUGACAGCGGUUUUGGUGGAAACAUUUUAACAUUGAAUGAGAAAAGCGUUAAAUAUAUAAACAGCAAAUGGUGUUUCGACACUCCUGGUGUCAUUCAAAAAGAUCAAAUUCUUCAUUUAUUGACAACUGAUGAAAUAAUUAAAGUUUUACCCAAGGAAAUGCUUCGUUGUCGAGGUUUCUUAAUGAAACCAAAUUUCUCUCUGUUUGUUGGUGGACUUGGACGACUUGAUUACAUCGAUGGACCGGAAAGCACACGAGUGCUUGUCUAUGCUUCAAUGGAUCUUCCCAUAACCAUCAUUGAAACACAUGAAGCUGAAGAAUUUUAUGAGACUUUCUUGGGAUCAGAAGUGUUGGGUGUGCCGAUGGAUUCUGGCGAAGAGAGACUUGCAAAAUGGCCAAAACUUGAAGCAACGCAUGAUAAAAUUGUGAUUGAAGGUGAAAUGAAGCACAUAACGGUUUGUGACAUUGUCUUAUCAUCUGCUGGUUGGAUUGGUGUUUGUUUACCUCAAGGCAUCACCGGAACUUUUAAAGCUUGGACACCUGAAAAACGCGGAAUUUAUGUUAGAAAUCCAUCACUUUUACCACAUGGAAAUGCCUUGAGAGGGAAACGUAUUCGAGGUAAAUUCGCAUAUCUUAUUGGCAAGGGAUUUACAUUUGCAAGACCAAAAUAAAAAUUGAAUUAGAAUUUAAAAAAAAUAGAAAAUAUUCGAAUAAAAGUUCAAUUAAAAAUUAU